GCUAACUUCAGGACAUGGAAAGUCGAUUCACUUCACAGUACGCUGUUUUGUCAAACGCAUUUGUGGAAUUAUAAACAUCUACUUUCUAGCUUACAAUUAUUACAGAUUUUCACUUACUACGGUUAGAUGUUGGAACAUGAGAAAUGGUCAUUUUCAAACGCAAGCCCAAUUAUAUGUUUUAUUUUUGUAACAACUUGUAACAACGCCAUACUACACAACAGCUUUAAUCCUGAUCAGUUUUUGUCUCCAAAAACUUUUCUUCGAAUUUUUAAUUGCAGUAAAACAUAUUACUAAUUCUUCCUCUAAAAUUGCAUAGUUUCUAUUAUUUAUGUUGAAUGUUAUCAACAAAAUAAACUGAAUUCCGUUAAUAUAAUAGUAGAUCAAGGCAGAAUGCCGCAGAUUAGACUUGAUCGUGAAUCUCUGCCUUAGUAUAUAUUUUAACGUUGUAAACUUCUAAACAAGUAUGGUUGAUGAAGAUGUGCAGUCUUUACAUGUAUACCUUCAGUCGAAGUAAGCAUCAUUAUCUAAGCGUCAACUUGAUAUGCUCACCCGUACCCUGUACCCAAGUUGAAAACUUAUCGAAUACACCCCUGAUGCCUGUCGGGGAAGAUGGCGGCAGCAGAGUUGAAACCGGUCGUUGCUUUGUGUAAUCAAAUACCAAAAACCGAGGAGACGACAGUAGAUCCGCAAAGUAAACUUGACAACUACAAUUUUGAAGUAUUGGACGUGAUCUUGUGGGUCUUCCCGGUCGUCACGUUCCUCGUAAACGUCCUAACAGAUGGCCUGGUUGUCAACAAUUAUCUUUCUAGUGGUUACUCAGGAUGGGCGUACUUUACCGUCAUAUUCAUGCUGCUACCUGCAAUAAUUGUACAGCUAUUCAGCUUGAGAUGGCACCAUUCUGACGGUUCAUUGAAGUACACUCAUUGGAUGUCACACAUUAUUUUUAUGGGUGUAGUUCACAGAUACCUAGUUUUAUUGCACGCAGCAAUAGAAUCUUUGAAAAAUGGGCAAUCAAAAUCCCGGAAAGACUGGGUGCUUAGGCAGCAGAGCGACAUAUGCAUGCUUCACUUAUUUGAAUCAUUUAUGGAAUCUGCUCCUCAGAUUUUGCUACAACUGUACGUCAUGGUUGUACUUCAAGAGGCUUUAUUUUGGACCACUAUUUCAGCUGCUGCCUCCCUGUGUUCGUUAGCAUGGGCAAUAGCUGCUUAUACCAGGGCUAUGCGCAGAGCACGGCCAGAUAAAUGUGAAACUGCAUGGCCGAGUCUAACUCUCCAAGCUUUUUGGAGAGGUGGAAUGCUCACAUCGCGAAUUGCUGCAUUGGUUUUGGCAGCUGUUUGCAUCAAAGAAUGGAUAUUCUUGCUAUUAGGAAUUCACUGGCUGGGUAUGACGACAUGGGUAAUCCUACAGAAUACAGAUUUCUGUCCAACAAAAUGGGAAGAACGAAUAUACAACUGUGUAAUUGGUGUUAUAUACUGCUUUGAUUUUUUUAAUUUAUGUGAAGGACAGUCUCGGUAUCGUGUGCUUUGUUUUUAUUUGGUCACAAUUGCUCAGAAUAUUGUUUUUUUGAGUAUUUACAUUAUAUAUGUCAAAAGCUCGUUAAAGUUUGCUGUUCUUACCAUAUCAAUGGUCAUGAUUAUUGGUGGAACUGUGAUAGGAUUAAUUAGCAUGCUUCUUUAUUAUGGUAAAUUUCACCCAGCAGGGCCAAUAAAAUUGUGUGAUAGUUCAAAUAACGAUGCCGAAACUGCUUCACAAAAAACAGUGGAUAAAUCGGGAACACUUAGAUCUCUUAAGCAUCGUUGGCAUGCAUCUGUUUUGUCAAUACCACAUUCGGUUGAUUUAUCGCAAGUUACAACUGUAUCUGACGAUAUAACUGCGGAUAAAAAGUCACUACUUACUAAUAUAGUUCAAAGUUCCGAAUUCGUGGAAGAAGGAAUCGUUAACCAGAGUUGCGACGUCAGUGAUGUUACUGAAACAGUUGUGAAAGUUGUUGUGGAAAAUUCAAAUAUUAACGAAGUCACUUGUUCUAGUUCACAAAAUUAUAUUUCUACCGUACACAACUUAUCCAAUUCUCCAAAUAGUCAAAACAUGACUAAUGAAAUACUGCAUUCACAAAUUCCUGGAAAUUAUCAAAAUUUUAGUCGUUCAAAUCUGCCACAUUCAAUAAAUGUAGAUAGUGACGUAGAAGAUGAUUAUGUCGAGUGUAAUAACAUAGAAACAUUGCGGCGUCAAAAACGUAGAGGGAUAUGUUCCCCGGUUGAAUUGGGCUUGGAAACAGAUGAUUCCAAGUCAGAUGAUUUAAACUCGAGUCUACAAUCGCAGAAGCGAAGAGGGAUUUGUUCCUCAGCGCAAUUAGGCCUUGAACUAGUUACAGACGAAGACAAUUAUGUGGAAAAAAAUUUCAAAUUUGAGAAACGGAGACCAAUGAUUGCCACUGAAUCCGAAAUUGGAUUCGAUUUGAACAGUUUUGCAGAAAAUUCUUCUCCACUCAGUCCAACUUCCACAGAACUACUAGCCCUUCAAGACAGUAUUAAAGACCGAGAGAGAUUAGACACACCUGUAAUAUCGGAAACUGAUAAAAUAUCUGAAAGCGAUAAAAUCUCGGAAGAAAUAUCGCAAAAGGAAGAAACUAUGAGUCAUGUUACUUCCGUACAUGAUUACGAAAAUGUUUGUCCCUUGGGCAUAGCCAGACCUCCUUGGUGCAUACGUAGUUGGAAAGGAUACACCGAUAUUGAGACAUAUAUUCACGACGAUAGUGUUGUUAGAGAUAGACGCCGAGAUACAUUGACAAGUUCAGCUACAGGCACUACUUUUAGUUCUGAAUUUUCCGAUCCCACUUGCACAAGUCCAGCACCAAGAAAGGGUCUCAAACGUUCGAGACAGGACGAUUACUUGGAUACCUUAGUAUACGACUUAGAAGACUGGGAAUCUAAUGUAACUUCUAACGAGGAAAUAUCAACUUCAACUUUAUCAGACAUUGACGAAGAAGAGGCUAAUUUAUUUGUUGCAAAACCAAUUGUCAUAGACGACAAAGGUGGUAUGUUUGCAUUGGAUACAAUUUUAGAAGAACGAGAAGACUCUGUUUCAAGUUCAGACACCGGCAUCGAUUUAAGGCGUGCCAAUAAUUGUUCAGUUAGUACUUUAGUCGCAACAAUUGACGAAAUAAGAAAAUGCACUGCUGAAAAUUCACCUAGGCACGUUUAUCAUCGAACCGAAUCUCAGUGGGAAGAUUUAGAUCCAAAGAUGUUGAUAAAAAAAGUACAGCUUGCUAAAGUUCUAUUUUCAAAUGAUUUUAACAAGUUUUCUCCCUGUAAAGAUGUGCCACAUUCGUCACUGUUGGAUUCCUCAUUAAUAUUCAAUAGUGCCAAAGAAAUUGAGGCAAUGAAAGAAAUGACAAAGUGUUACUCCACUGCAUCCAUCAGACGAACACCCUUAAUAAAUGCUAUUCUAUCGGACUCACCAAUCCUAGGACCAAAAGCAAAGAUCCAGAAAUAUAACAGUAUUGCCGAUGAUUUAAAUAUUUCGAAUUUGGAAGAACACAACGUUUAUGUCGAGAUGCGACCACUGAUACCAGAAAAAUCGGAUGAAGUCCGUAAAAUGAUUCCUGCCAUGACACCAUCUAAUAUUAAUCCAAGCAAUCUCCGACCUAAAACUGAGAUUGUCGAAAAAAUGACGUUAGAAAGUGAAGGUGCCCAUGAGAACUUUAUCGCUGAAGAAGCAGCGGUCAUACAAUCUUCAGAGAAUUAUCAAGCACCCUUGGUAACAUUUUCACGAGCACCUAUUUCUCCCAGUGAAACGUUUUCAAAUGGUGAAUUACCAAAAGUGCCACCGAUCGAGCCAAAAGCAGUACCACCAGUUUUGAAUGCGAAUUUUUCCUAUCCGGUGGGCGUACAUGCGUCAUAUGAAAAACGUAGACGGAACGUCAACCGGCCAAGGCGAAAAUUUUCGCUUUUGAGAGAAAGAUUUGAGCCAAAAUCUGAAAGACUGAUAUACACGGUAACACCACAAAGUAGAAAUUCGAAUUUACUCACUGAACCUAGGACAAUGCUUUAUCUUGAUCAAACAAAAUUCAGUGCAUGUGAUAAACAAAUGUCAAUUAUUUUGAAUGAUAAGUUCAAUGCCGAAGACUUUACUGCUUCUUAUGACAAAGAAAAUCUAACACCAGCAGUGACAAGUCGAAUUAGUCACUGGAAUAGUUUUAUAAAUGAACACAAUUCUUCAAUAUCCGAUAAACUUGAAAUGAAAGAUGAUAAUUUUGGUAGUCUUUCAAAUUUAAAGGAGAAGAGAAGUAUUUUUUUGAAACAAGUUCUUUCUCCACCAAAAUUUCAGAACUGGGGUAAAAAAAGGACUUUUAGUCCUAAUGCCAAAAUGUUACCGAAAGCACUUUGAGAUUAAAUUAGCAAUAUUUACUUCAGAUAGAAUUUUAACAUAUGCAUAUGUAUCUGAUCUCAUGGCCAGUAAGUAGACAUAGGAUACACCUGUCAGCAUAAAAUGACAAAUGAAUAUUUAAUGUUGCCACACUUUCAACAUUUAAACGUCAAAUGUUCCAAAUUCCUCCAUUCAUAGAGGAGACUGAAUAUAUUCUAGAAACUCGGCCUGUUAAUUUGUGACUGUGAACAGAAAAGAUUGCAUCCAAGUUGACUGAAUGAUAUUUCAAUGUAGAAUUACCGUUCUUCAUUUUUUGAGCACACAAAUCACUUUCGUAAAACUCAUACAGAAUCAAAAGAAGCAAAACCGUUUGGCUUCAAUAACAAUGAGCCUAGGGCGAAAUUGUAUAAAACCCGGUGUAGACAUUAGUAUUCACUCCAUGUAAAUAUUUUUCUGACUAAACGUUUAUUCUUAUUAAAUGAGUACUUUUUUGACUGUAAAUAUUACUCUAACAACAAUGAUAAAGGAACAAGAGGAGGAAUGAAUAUAGAUACUUGAGGUUGAAAUUUUUUUCACAUAGAGUGAUGUGCAGCAAAGUAUUAUAUUUACUAUCAGUAUAGUUUUAGAGUUCUUUUUAUACAAAACAUAAUUAUAGUCCAUAUAUGUAUAUAUACAUAUAUUAGGAUAGUAAAUAUAACAAAUAUAAUCUAGUAUAAAUGACUUGUAAAUGAUCAGACUACAUUAGCAAAUACUGCUAUUCAAAGAUCUUAAAACUGACAAGAGUUCGUUCAUUGAGUGCACAAUCAGUUUCGUAUUUGAAUAGCGAAUAUCUUGUUACAACUUUCUCCAACUGAAUAAUCUCUUCUCAUUAGCAUUCCGUAGAACAUUCUUGUUAUUAAAUUUCUUGCCGAUUCUUCCCAACUGUUCCUGAGGCAAUUUGGAUCUGUAUUUUUUAUUUUCGAAUUUACUACAAUUAGUGUUAUGUAUGACAAGAUAUUGUUGCACAACAAUCAAAUGGUCAAACAUGUGAUCUGUCGACCUAAAAAUUGUAAGUAUUCCAUUGAUUCUGUGAUGAAUAAAUAUUUUUUUUUACGUAUUGUAUCGUUCUUAAUAGCAGUAAUUAUACAUUAAUUCGUUUGUAUAUGUUCAAAUGAUUUGAUUCACGUUUUGUACAUAGGAAAAAUUAUCAAUAAUCUUUACUGAAAUGAAUAAAUUGUAGCUCAGAUAGUUGAGAAUCAAACGCAAAAUAUCAAUAUAAUAAAAAUUUGAACCCGAAAUAUUCAUGAAGAAAUGUCAGCAGUUUCCACGGAUAGCCUAGUCGCUGGACCAAUUUCACCUGUUUUUGUUGGUAGCUGUGCAUCCAAAAUCCACCGCAGGAAACGACAGAUGGUAUGUAAUUUUUUGUGAAUUUUUUUUAGAUCAAUACUAGAUUUAGAAAAUUGUGAUUUGGUAAAUGAAAACGCCCAUGGACAUCAUUAUAUAGAUACUAAAAGAAGAUAUUAUUUGUCACAUAAAGUGAUAUUACAUUGAUACACAGUAAAGUAUGACAGCUAAUAAUAGUAUGGUGUAUUAAUCUCUUUAUAUAUACAAUUAUAUAGUAUAUCGUAUAUAGUAGUAGAUGAAAAAUAGUCUAGCAGAAAUGACUUAUAAAAUAACAAAAACCUAUUAACAGCAAAUGGUGACAGUCAAGGAUUCGGAUAGUGAUUCAUUCUUUGAUUUUGAGUACAAUCAGUUUAGUAAAUAGAUAGGGAAAGUCAUCUUACUAUUACCCAAAUCAAACAUUCGCCAAUAAUAACAAAACCUAUAAUAUUCUGACGCGCUUAACUCAUUUGCUACUUACAUAAUACGGAUCUAAUUGUUUUUGUCUUUAGAUAUGAACCAAUAUCACCUAAUAAUCAAAUUGUCAGACUUAUAAAUUGCCUAGCUAAGAAGUGUAAGUAUUGCAUUGAUUCUCUGAUGAAUAAAUAUUUCCCUACAUAUCCUAUUGUGCUCUAAUAAUAAUUUGACACAAACUUAUUUAAUUCAGUUUAGAUGAUCAUGAUCCAUUUACGUUA